GUGGCAUACAAGCGCUUUUUUUUUUUUUAUAUCCUACUUCCUUUAUUCUCUUCUUGUAUGAAGCUAUUCACACAUUUUGCAUAGGCGAAAGCGAUGUCUCUGUGUUAGUUGUUGACGGCUUUGGGAAGACUUCAACUUUGUGCCUCCCUUUACCUACAUUAUCUGAGCAUAUCACCCAUUCGACAUAAUGUUUCAAUCAAAAGGCAUCCGACUUGACUCCGAGCCCGAGAAGCUCCCCAACCCUCUCUUCUACAACCCUAAACCCCCCAUUUCAUGGCACGCAGACGUCCUCCAGUCCAUCAAAAGCUGGCUCACCAUGUGCUGCGGCAACCGCACCGCCUACAAGACGAGCGACGCGGCAGUCAGGAUACUAGAAGAAGGGAAGAGCCGGGUCGAGGAAGACUGCGAGCCUCUGAUUGAAGGUGGGACGGGUGCUGCGGAGAAGAGGGAGGCGUUGAGGGUAACGUUCCCAAGGCAUGCGGCUGCCUCGUUUUUGAAGACGGGGACAUCGAGGGGGAUGAUGGAGGCGAAUUGGGUGUUGUGAGGGUAUGGGGAAGAGAAGGGAGAUGUGAUGGAGGGGAGGAGAUAUUUGGUAUGAGCGUCCGUGAACAGCUUCAAUGCGCUGGUUUCAUUGGUGUUGAUGCUACCUAACUACUAAUAUAAAGACAGAUUACACUACAAUUCGGCAUGACGACGACGGAAUAGGGCAUUUACAGCUAGAUUGUACUUGAGGAUAUGAUUUUUACUAUAUGGAUUACAAGCAUUGGGGGUGCAUUUCUUUGGUAUUAUUUUGAGGGAGGGAAUACGGCGGCAUGAUGGGAUUAGUUACAGCAAUAAUCGCUUUGAAUAGACUCAGGACUCGAAUCGACAAAAUAUUCCAAACAAAAUCAACAUGUUUCC